CUUUAAAUAUUACAAGGAAAGCGGAACAAGAACACCGGAACCCGGAAGUGUCCGAUGUCAUCACUUCCUGUUUUGUUAGUCUUCUUUCAAACCAGGAAGAUGGAUUUAGUGUCGAAGAAAUGGAUAAAUACUCUGAUAUUUUCUUUAUUUUUCAUCGGCGCUGACUGUACUUCAGUGGAAAAGAAGAUCUAUGUGCACCUGAACAAAACCAUCCCAUGCGUCCGUCUCCUCAAUGCAACUCAUCAAAUAGGCUGCCAGUCCUCCUUGUCUGGAAAUGUGGGUAUACUCCAUGUGCUGGAGUCGGAGGAAAAUUUAGACUGGGUCCUUCGCACCGGUCCAAAUCCCCCUUAUAUGGUCAUCUUAGAAUACCAACUCUUCAGCAGGUCUAUCAUGAUGAAACUCAAGGACGGCUCCGGCCGGGUAGCCGGCGUCGCCGUCGUGACACCCAACGCAAAUCCGGCUGAAGGCUUCUCUCCGCACACCUCAUGUCCCAAUGAGAACACAGGUGUCUAUUCCGAGAGCUAUAGUCCGUCAAUGGCUCACUGCAACGUCACCAUGUGGAACCCUUUCGGAAAUGGCUUGUCCUACGAGGAGUUUGAUUUCCCCAUAUUCUCCAUGAAGGACGACAACGAGACCCAGCUCAUCCGGCAGUGUUACAUGGACCACAACCGCUGGCUGAACGGCAGCACCCCCCACUACCCGCUGUGUGCCAUGGAGCUCAACUCACACAUGUAUGCGGUCACUGACACUGUCACGUGCAUGAGGAGGAACCAAAUCAGCGACAAGUUCAGCUUGAACACCGCAAACGAGUUUGUGUGCGACCCACUGGGCGACUUUAACGUUUGGGCCGCCAGCAAGCCUCUCAACGCCACCGCCAAAGGUCACAAGAUGUCGGAGAGUGUCGUCAUUGCUGCCGCUCGGCUGGACAGCCGAUCGUUUUUUUACGACGUGGCUCCCGGAGCGCAGAGCGCGGCCUCUGGCUUCAUCGCUCUGCUGGCGGCCGCUCAUGCUCUGCGCAACGCUACCCAGGACACCUCGCUCAACCGCACCAUCCUUUACACUUUCUUCCAAGGGGAAACUUUUGACUACAUUGGCAGUUCCAGGAUGGUGUACGACAUGGAGAAGCAACAGUUUGUUGUGGACCUGGACAAUGUUCACUCCCUUCUGGAGGUUGGACAGGUGGGCCUGCGAGCCAACUCCAGACUGUGGCUCCACUCAGAUCCGGUUUCCAGGAGGAACACCAGUGUCGAUGAUGAGGUGAAGACGCUGGUAGAAAACCUGCAGUCGUCUGUGAUGGGUUUAAACGUCUCUGUGAGCGAGCCCAACUUCUCACAGCCGCUGCCGCCCUCGUCCUUCCAGCGCUUCUUGCGGUCCCGGCCCAUCCCGGGCGUUGUCAUCCAAGACCACCAGUCGGCUUUCAGCAACAAGUUCUACGAAAGCAUGUAUGACAAUGCAGACUACUUGAGCCUGUCCUACCCGCAGAACAUGACCCAAGAAGAGCAGCUGGAGUUUAUCACGGAGACAGCCAAGGCGCUGGCAGAGGUGGCCACCGUGGUUGCUCGAGCUCUCUACAAACAGGCCGGAGGAGAUCAGUCCCGGCUGAGCACCAUCAACGCAGACGCACGAAUAGUGAACUACAUCCUUUACAGUUUCCUUGUCCAGUCAAACAACACCUGGCUGCAGCAGAUGGUCACUUCAGCUAGCUCUCUCAAGAAUAGGCCCACCAACUUUUAUGUUGGCGUGGAAAACCAGUUGAGUGAGCCGACCCACCUGGUAGAGCACGUGCUGGCCAACCUAACGGGCAGCGUGGUCAACGUCACCCAGGACGACUGCCAGAAGCAGCGCGAAAACGAGAGCGACAGCGAGACCAAACACCUGUACAAGUACUCGUGGGUCCAAGGAGCAGUGCGGCCCAACAGCACGGAGAGGGAAGGUUUCUGCGUGCGCUCCACCAUACACCGUUCCACGGCAGUGUCGCCCGCCUUUGAAUUGCGAGAGUACGCCUCCAAAGACUACUCCACGUGGACCGAAUCCAGGUGGAAGUCCAACUUCAAAGGCCGCGUGUUCCUAGUGGCCAGUCACCAGCUGGAGAUGCUGACGCUGGGUGUGGGUGUGGGCGUGCUUGUCACGUCACUGCUGCUCACCUACAUCAUCAGCUCCAAGGCUGACAUCCUCUUCAGCUCUCAACGGGAGCCCACCAACGCCACCUACUGACCGCCUGAUGUACGUCCUGACAGGAGACAUGGGCCCUACUUCAACACCCAUCAGACCCAGACCAGGUUUUUUGUUUGUUUUUUAAUCCAAACAACACACCGAGGGCUGCUUUAGACCUGGCCUUGUUUUCCUGGACUCACUGGUUUGAAGUGAGGCGGGUUUUGACGACCGGAUUGGCCCCGAGUGGACUCUUUAAGGUCUGGUCAGGUACCAGCAGGUCUUUUGGAAAAGAUGGUCAUAUUUCCUUUUACUAAAUGAAUGUUCUUGCUUUUUAUUGUUCAAUGAGGUUUUUGUUGUUAACUUUGUGCGUGUAAGAAACAGCUGAUGUUGAAAAAUAAGAGCAAUGACAAUUAAAUAUGAUGGUUGAUUAUUAUUAUACAAGCAAGGAUAAAUGUGAGAGAGAGAAAAUGGUCCCGUGCAAUACUGUACCAUUUACUGUACAUAAUCUGAGAUAGAGUCCAGCACCCUCCGCAGUAGAAGAUGGAUGGAUGGAUGAACCUCCAAUCACGAAAAAAACACUUGGUGAGACAAAUGAACAACAAAUGAAGAUGUAGUAAGUAGUUUUUGUUUCUUUUUAGACUGGAAUUUGCACUGGUAGUCCUGGCUGCUCACUUCUUUUGGAUCAGACUUUUCUUUCCCUUCAUUGGAAAAUAUUCUCUUAAACAGCUGUUGAUUUCUUGAUGAGGAAUUAAACUGUUUUCCAAUUGUUA